GAUUUAUUUUCUAAUGGAAAUCUUAAUUUGUGAAACAACAUGCAUUUUCUUAGUAUUGUACUUUUUCCUGCUCUGUGCAACAGGACUCCUGCUGGUGUCCAGUCCCUGGCUGCGCUGCUGGUGGAGCUGCAGCCCGGUGCUGAUGGGUCUCAGAUCCUGGCAGCAGAUGCCUUGUACCAGCUUGGCCGGGUGGAGGAGGCCUACCGGCUACUACUCUCCAUCGGGCCCACCAGCCCUAGGGCACCCAUCCUUGCUCGCCUCGCCCUGCUGCAGCUGCACAGAGGCUUCCUUUAUGACACCAAUCAGCUGCUGAAAAAGCUCAUUCAGUGUGGCGAUACGAGCUGCUUGCGCCCCCUAUUGGCAGUGGCACAACAGAAGGACCGGGUUCUGCUUCAGGUGCAUUGCCACUCUGCUGCCAAGCGCAUCCUUGAAGGAAAGAGAGAGGAGACCCCAAUUAGGGAGGCUGUGGCAUAUCUCUCAAUCGCUAUCAUGGCCUCUGGUGGUGAGGCAGCAGAGUCUUUGCUAGAGAGAGCAAGGUGUUACGCACUGCUGGGCCAGCGAAAGACCGCCAUCUUUGAUUUCAGUGCCAUCCUGAAAGAGCAUCCUAAACAUCCUCAGGCCCUCUGUGGAAGAGGCUUCACCCAUCUCAUGCUGAACCAACAAAAGGAAUGCACUCAUGAUAUCUUGGCAGCCCUUCAGAUAAACCCUGACAUAGGUAUCAAAGACAUCCUGUCUCUUAAUGACAAGGCACGGAAACUUGUCUGUGAUUGGCUGCAUCAGUUCUGUCGGACGAUUCUGUCAGAUCUCCUGCUCACUGACAAUGUCCCCUGCCAUGAAGAGCAGCUCAGAGAGGCUUUUAUAAUUGCCGGAGCUCUAAUGAGGACUGACUGCAGAGACCCCAGAUGGCAUUUUCUCUAUGUGGACAUACUUCUAACUAAAGGUGAAGUUAAGGCAGCAGCCGCUCAUCUGUGCCAGGUGUUUGGGCAGGAGCCAAGAGAUGCAGUGGCCCAGGCCAGGGUGGGCGUGGUGGAGGCCUGGCAGCAGAACUACCACAGCGCAGCUCGCAGGCUUAGCAAACUGACUGAGAAAGACGCAUCCAGUCUGCCCUCCCUGCUGGCCCUGAUCCCAUUCAGUCAGCGGAAACGCAUGGCACAGGCAGCAGCACAGGAGGCGAGCAGUGUGUCUUCAGGUGGCCAUUGGGCCCUGGCCCUCUCACUCCUCACUGUGGCAGUACAGGCAGCAGGAGAUCACAGACUCCAGUAUCUCCGGCAGCGGGCUGCCUGCCUCGCUCAGCUGGGUCUACACGAGGGGGCCGUUGCUGACUUGGACAGAGUUAUCAAGAAACACAGUGGGUCCCAGUCCAGCUGCUCAGAUGACCCCAAAGUCAGGGCAGAGGAUCUGUGUCGGCGAGGCCGCAGCCUGGUGCUCUGCUCCAGAGAAGCAGCAGCUCUGGAGGAUUUCUGUCAGGCCUUGGAGCUUCACAGGAAACAGGCUCUUCAGUGUGUGGAGGCUGGACUGGGGAGGCUGCGUCUAGGUGAGUGCUUCCUGCGGGGGGCGCUUCAACUCUACGGGGAGCAGCAACUCAGUAAAGCCUGGACGCUGAUCGAAUGUGGGCUCCUUGUGGAAGGUGAGAACGCAGAGCUCCGCAGACUGAGGGCAAGGGUCAAAAGAGAAGUGGCUAGCCCCUGCAAUAUGAACUAGUGUUUAUAGUCAGAAACUCACUUAAUGUAGCCAUGUCAGUGCCUAAACCUUAUGAAAUCUUGAUGUGGAGGAUGAUCUAACAAAGUUUUAAUGCACGCUUGAUAAGUACAUAUUAUGUCUUCCAAAUUUCACUUAAUUUUGGAGCAUUGAUAAAAUUGUGUGUUAUAGUAUUCAGCAUUGUCAUAACUGCAGCAAGGUUGAAUUUGAGAGGAGUGUGUGAAUGGAAGAGGAUUAUAACACCACACAUUUUAUUGAUUGUUUUAUUAUCCUGUAUUUUAUGA